CCCCUGCCCUGCUCCCUGCUCCCUGCGUCCCAGAAAGGGGCAUCUGAGGCACCCCAGGCAUUCGAGGUGGGGCCUGAGGUCUUGGUCUAUACUGGAGACUGCCCAACCCAGCAAAGCAGCGCCUAUCUCACCUGGUGAGGAGCCCCUGGGUUGGGGGAGGGACCCUGUUACACUUCCAUGGCUCUUGGAACCUGGUCCCUUUUAUAAGGCCCUGGUGGCUGCCAUCCACCCUUCUCACCUUCCUGGACACCGGAACACUUCGAUACCCACCCCCACCUCCCAGGUCCCCUUUCUCCUUUCCACUGAGGAUCUUGGAUUGGUCAUCAGACUACUGUGUUGCAGUCCUCAACUUCCAGUCCUUCAAAUACAGGCUUUAGGCCUCUUCCCUUCAUCCCUUUUCAAAGACCCAGAGGUCAAGGUUCCUGGUGGCCUCAGCAGGAACAGGAGUCCUAGACCCUGGUCUGCCCCAUCCAGUACCGGAGAGUUGAGGUCCCCAGUCCUGCAUCCUCAGACCCAGUCCCGUCCCUCAGCCUCCUUCUCCAUCAGACCUGGGUAGUGGGUCCCCAAGCAGAAGUUUUGACCACAGGUUACAUCCAUCUCUAAUGCUCUGGCCUUUCCUGAGUUACGGUGGCUGCCCAAGACCCUGCUUGCUGUGCAGGGCCCUCCCUUUUCCCCACUCCAGGACCCAUUCCAGCCUUGGCAAUGACUUUGGCGGCUUCCUCUCAGCGCUCCCAAAUCAUCCGUUCAAAGUUCCGAUCUGUCCUCCAGCUGCGGAUCCACAGACGGAAUCGGGACCUGACUUCAGAUCCGGAUCCGUGGAUCUCAGCCCCAGGCCCAGCUAUGGCCCCAGCCUUGCCCUCUGCCACUCCGACCCCUUUCCUCUUCGGUCCUGGGGUCUUCCUCCCUGAGCUAGAGCACUGCCCGUGCCAGUGUGCGCAGCAGGAGUCACCCAAGGUCUCCUCAUGCUGGACAGCACCCAAGCCCCAGGGGACCUUGACCUACCACCAGUACAGGACCCCAGAGCCUGGCCAGGACAGCAGGGCAGAGCCCCCAAGCGGGCCACCUCCAUGGGGCGGGACGAACUCACAGCAGCCACCUCCUAGGAUGGAACCUACGCUGCUCAUACCCUCCCCUCCAGGAGUUCCCGGCCCCUCGAACCCUCCACACAAGUUGGAACUUCAGACCCUUAAACUAGAAGAGCUGACGGUCUCAGAACUCCGGCAGCAGCUACGCCUGAGGGGCCUCCCGGUGUCGGGGACCAAGUCAAUGCUUCUGGAGCGCAUGCGCGGCGGAGUCCCGCCCCGCGAGCGGUUGAAACAGAGACUUGAAGACAACGCAGGGGACACUCCCUGGCUGCGCCUUAGGCCCAAAGCCCUGGGAAUAGCUAGGCGGCAGGGCGGGGUCAAACCAAAUCCCGUGCUUCCCCGACCACCUCUUCCAGAAUCCGCAGAUGCCCUGGGAGCAGCCCCAGCUCCUGUUUCGACUCGGGUUCCGGCUCCCGUCCUCCCACCCUCGGCACCGGCCUCGGUCCUGACUCUGGAGGAGGAGCUGCAGGAAGCCGUCCGGAGGGCUCAGCUGCUUCCCACCCGGGGUAUCGAUGACGUCCUGAAGGAUCAGGUGGAGCCUGAUGACUUGCUGCCCCCCAUCCCCCUGGACUUCCCCGGCUCUUUCGAUGUCCUUUUCCCGUCCCCGGACUCCGAAGGUCUCUCCUCUGUUUUCUCCUCUUCGCUCCCAUCCCUGGUGAAGUCCCCCUCCUCCUCUCCUGGGGACCCCACAGAAGCCUUGGACUGGCUUGAGGCCCUGAGCGAGGAUCCUCCUCUGGGGUCUGGCCCCCCGGGCCCCAGCAUCUUCUCUGCUGAUUUAUCUGUCUCCGGUGGCACCCUGGUGUGGGACCUGCGGGAGGAUCCCUGGUGAUGAAUUCUGGGGGGUCCAGGGACUGAAGAUUGGUGGAGGUGGAGACCACAGACUAAGAUUAAGACAAUACCUCGGGUAUUGGAGCAACCAACAGAGCUCCUCCUGCGGGCAGACACAGGAUCAAAGACAACCCUGUCCCCUCAUGUCCCAGAGCUGCUGCUGCCACCCAACCCACUACCUGAACUUUGCCUGCCUGGCCUGCAUGUGAUCCACCCAUCCCCACAGUGUGCAGGUGGGGCAGUGGUUUGAGUGCUGCUGGCCGGGCCAACAUGCUGCUUGCUGUUUC